CACCCCCCGCUCCUCUUUCAGGCAUUCCUCAAGAUCUCUUGAAAUUUAAAAUUGGGGUGUGAGAAAUACACACCCGGAACAAAAUUGGGGGGAACCCCAUUCCCCAUUGGGAGCAUCUGCCGGGGAGAAAGGAAACAUUUCUGCCCCUUGAGGUGGAGAACAACCCCCAAGCUCCCACACAUACACACAAAAGUGUUGAAAUAUGAUCACUUUUUUGUUCCUUUGGCUUUGUCUUCCUCGAGUGGAAUCCUUGACAUAUCCUGCAGUCAUAUCCCCCCAAGAUCCAACUCUGGUGAUUGGCUCUUCGCUCACCGCCACUUGCUCAGUGAACUCUGACUUACACCUGAAAGCAGAGGACCUGUACUGGACUCUGAAUGGCAGACGUCUCCCCCCAGAGUCCUACAAGGUCCUCAAUGGCACCACCCUCAGCGUGGCUCUAGCCAACCUGAACGGGUCCAGGCAGCAGUCAGGAGAUAACCUGGUGUGUCACAGCAGAGACGGCAGCAUCCUGGCUGGGUCCUGCCUUUACGUGGGAUUGCCGCCGGAAAAACCAGGCAACAUAACCUGCUGGUCCAAAAACAUGAAAGACCUCACCUGUAAAUGGGCCCCUGGCACGGAUGGCGAGACCUACCUGCACACCAACUACACCCUCAAAUACAAACUCAGGUGGUACGGCCGGGAUAACACGUGCCAGGAGUAUCGCACCGCAGGGCAGUACUCCUGCCAUAUCCCCAAAGACCUGGCCCUCUUCACACCCUACGAGAUCUGGGUGGAGGCCUCCAACCGGCUCGGCGUGGCUGUCUCUGAAGUCGUCAUGCUCGACAUUCUGGACGUGGUCACCACCGACCCGCCGGCGGACGUCACCGUGAGCCGAGUUGGGGACCUGGAGGACCAGCUGAGCGUUCGCUGGAGCUCCCCGCCUGCGCUGAAGGAUUUUCUCUUUCAAGCCAAGUAUCAGAUCCAGUACCGGGUGGAGGACAGUUCGGAGUGGAAGGUCGUGGACGACGUAGGGAACCAGACGUCCUGCCGGCUGGCAGGGCUGCGGCCCGGCACCGUGUACUUCGUCCAAGUUCGGUGUAACCCCUUCGGGAUCUACGGCUCCAAAAAGGCCGGGAUCUGGAGCGACUGGAGCAACCCCACGGCGGCCUCAACUCCUCGGAGUGAUCGGGUCCCGGGCGUGUGCGACCCCAAGAGCGGCGAGCAGAACACCACGCUGCGGCGGGAGCUCAAGCAGUUCUUCGGCUGGGUGAAGAAACACGCCUACGGCUGCUCCAACCUCAGCAUCAAGCUCUACGACCAGUGGCGCGUCUGGCUGCAGAAAUCCCACAAAACACGGAACCAGGUGCUACCCGGCGAUAAGCUGUAGCGCCCGCCGCGCUCGGCAGUGGCAGGAGAGCAGAGGGACACUGGGCUGGAGCUGCAUGGAACCCGCGCGCGGCUGGACCUCACCCAGCCCUCAGGACCGGGGGGGAAGGGCACAGACCCCCCCCCCCAAUCAUUCUUCUCCAGCAGGGAUAGGAAGAAACAGACUUGGACUUUGAACGUUUCCCCCAGGCACUCCCCUCCCAGCACCCAGCCCUGCUCCCUGCCAGGGGCCCUGGUGCAGCCUCCCUGCAGUGCUGGGUGGGUUCCCAGCAUUGCCGAGACACCCCGGUGGGAAGGGUCCCUCCCAGCACUGGAGGGGGGGCACUAUCAGUGCUUACGAAGCACACCCCCAAAGGGGGUCAGGCUGCUGUCAGCUGGGCCUUGGCUGCUGGCCCGGUGGAGCCUGGCCUUGGCUGCAGGUUGCCCCUGGGGCAGAAUUAAGAGGGGGGACCAGAGGGGCCUAAUGGGCCUUGGACCGUUCACAGGAAGGGCCCUGGUUGAAGCCAGUCCUGGGCACUAGCAACCC